AUGAAGGCUUUAGAAGGUACAAUUAUAUCUAGUUCUCCAACAAAUAGCACAUACUCCCAACCGCAGGAAGAAGGAAACACUAUCCAUAGCACUUCAACUGAAGGCAAAAAUGAUUCCUUUCCACAGCAACACUCCCAGGGCCUAGAAGCUAACAACAUUAACCUCCUUUUGCAAAAACUCAACAAUUCUUCUAAAGGUAAAGAAUUAGUAGCAGUGAUGCACACUAUUCAGGAAAGCAACUCCAGCACCCAACCACCCUUAGAGGUCCAAGCUGUACCCAUGGAAGGAUAUAUGGCCAUGCAGAUAGAAAAGGGUUAUGCACCUCCUGCUUUGACUAUCAAACUAGUCCAAGGGAAGACAUGGAAGAGAGCAGCUUCAAAAGUUUGCAGACUGGCCAGAGAAAGUGAAACAACACAAGUCAUUCCUUCUCCCAAGCACAACAAGAGAACCAAAGAAGAGAGCUAA